AUUAAUUAACAGGGGCGAUUUUAUCCAUCGUAAGCUGAUGACGCCGCUAUGUAAUUAUAUUUUAAUUCGCACAGUGGUAUACAGAACGUGUAGGUUUAAUUGACUAUAAUUUUUAUGGACCGGAGGCUCUAUACAGCAUUAACAUAAGAAACGUCAGUAUACAUUCAGUGUUCACAGGACGAGUUGGACUAAAAGCAGGCAUAAAAAAUGUUCCUUCGAGUGUGGCUUUUUACAGAAGGCUAAAAAAAGUAAACUGUGUUAUUACAGACAUAGAAUACAGGCAUAAAACAAGUGCUAAAAAUGAAUGAACCACGCUAUGAUGAAAACACUUUUCAAUUUACUUUCGGAAAGCUUUUGAACAAAAAUAUUUUCGGCUACCUUCUGUUUGGGUACGCACUUUGCAUAUUCGGGGCAAUAGCAGCUGUAGCUUGGAAGCUUAAAGGAUACAACAAGCCAACUCCAAAGUUUUCUCAAAUGGUUAACACUUGGAAGCCAAAGGACAAGCCAAUCAAAAGCAAAACCAAACAAACAGCCAACGGGGGGUCAGAAGCCACUGUAAAACGAAACGGAGUAAUUAAUGCUGACACGGAAGAGACAAGCACCUCAAACGAGACUGAAGAAACCGAGAAAACAAAAUAAUCAUCGUGUUAUUUAUUGUAAAUAGCUAUAAGCUGUAUAAUAUGUUAGUGUGUCUUUCAGAUUUGAUUGUGCGGAGCGUAACUGUAAGUUAAAUCUCGUGACGAUAAAGUACUGGUUAAUGUGUCAUUGUUGUUUAAUUAAAUAAACUGUGCAUUAAAAUCCAAAAAUGA